UUUUGACAUUUUAAUGUUUUUUUUUUUUUUUUAAGAAUGUUGUUUUUGCUUUUUCCGUUUUGUAACAGUCAUAAUCAAUUUAAUAGAUGUUCCCUUCUAGGUGCAGAUGUGUUUCUCUGCUGUGUUAAAAAAAAAAAAAAAAAAACCCCAUGCUUGAAAAACAUGCCUAUGAAACGGCAGGGCGAGCUGGAGGAAAACGAACAGUGAGAGGAUAGUGGAGAAGAUGAAGAACCAGACAAGGAUUUUAAUUUGAAUGAUGUUCUACGCCUGGCAGGAACUAAGGAAACUGAUGAAGAAGAGAAGUUUAAAUAUAUAGAUGAGGAUGAUGAAGAGGAACACUUUACGAAUGUGGACAAAAUGUCAAGGAGAAAGUAAGAAGCAGGCAGACAAAUCUGAAGGCCCCAAGCCAGCUGCAUCAUGGGUGGAAAGAAUGUGGGGGUUUAUGACCCUGCGCACAGAAACCCUUUAUACUGCGGGGCCUACAGCACCAGUCUUUGGGAGCUUAAGAAGCUCUCUGAACAUUUCCACCCCUCUGUGGUGCUUUUUGUCAGAACUGUCUUGCAGUCAAAACCAGGAUGGAAAAAGAAGAAAGGAUUUAAGGACGAGAGCAGCAUGUUUGGUGCAGCAGAGGAGUUUGGUUAUCUGCUGGAUGAAAAUACAGGAUCGAAGUUUGACAAUAUUGGCAUUAAUGCAGUCGCAAACCAAGCUAAAGCAGACAUCAAGCAGCUCAAGUGGGAGACUCAGCGAGAUGACUGGCUGUGUGGCAGGGAUGCCAAAACUCUACGGAAGAAGAAGACGAUGUUCAAGAGAAAGAAACCUCUGGGAAAGCUCAAAGCAAGAAAAUAAAACAUGCAUUUCAAAGCGUGUUGCAUGCAUUUCAGAUGGACAGUGUGAGCGGUUCUCAAAGUGUGUUGCAUGCAUUUCAGAUGGACAGUGCGAGCGGUUUUCAAAGUGUUUUUGACUAUGCUUUGUGAUCUUUUAAUCCUAUAGAUCCCUGCCCACUCAUUCGACUUGUAAUAAACUAAAGGGUACAGUAAA